CUUGUCUGGCAAUGGCUUUGGAGGAAGAUUGUCUAAGUGGUUGGUUAGUAUGAACUCUUUAAAAUUUUUAGACUUGUCUAGCAACCAAUUCUCUGGAACAUUACCAAAAGAGUUUGUUAUAGGAAAAUCAUUUCUUUAUCUUAGACUUUCAAAUAACAACUUGAUUGGGAAAAUACCUCCUGGUUUAUUUAAGCUUCAAUCAUUGGAAGCAUUGUAUCUAGACAGAAACAAUUUUGAAGGAGAGAUAUCCAAUGUCCACUUUUCUGGGUAUUCAGCUCUAAGCAUAUUGGACAUUAGCAACAACAAUUUGUCAGGAAAGCUUCCAAGAUGGUCAAAGAAUUUCCUUCAUUUGUCUGAAUUGGAUUUAUCCACCAAUCACUUUGAUGGUUCAAUUCCAGAGGAAUUUUGCUAUAUUGCUAGCCUUCGGCUCGACCUAUCUCACAACAAUUUAUCUGGGUCUCUACCACAUUGCUCUAGUCCAUCCUCACGACACUUAUCAGAAAUCUAUUUGAGCAAAAAUAGACUAAAUGGUCUUCUAACACAUUCAUUCUUGAACAUCUCUUCAUUGGAGAUACUAGAUCUUGGAGAAAACAACCUUUCUGGAGGCAUUCCAAAAUGGAUCAGCAACCUUUCUUCCUUGAGGAUCUUGCGUCUAAAAGGUAAUCUCUUUUUUGGUGAAAUUCCAAAUGAAAUAUGUGAGUUGGACCAACUACGAAUCGUGGAUUUGUCUCAUAAUCAACUUUCUGGUCAUAUACCUUCUUGUUUCGGACAUUUAAUUGGCGCUCCGAAUUCAUUUUCAUCAUGGAGUGAAAUUUUCGAUUCUUCAACAUUUAACUUUGACACAUCGACAGAAAUGGAAGCUAGAUUAAUGCAAGAGGUACAUACACAAUUGGGUAGCCAUGGGCAACAUUGGAUAGAACUUGUUACCAAGUGGUGGUCUUACACUUAUGAAGGCAACAUUCUUGAUUACAUGUCUGAAAUUGAUCUCUCUUGUAACCAACUAACAGGCUUAAUCCCACUUGCAAUGGGAAACUUAAGUGACAUUCAUUCACUUAACUUGUCCCACAACAACUUAACUGGACCCAUACCUUCUACCCUCUCAGAUUUGAAGCAACUUGAAAGCUUGGACCUUUCUUUCAAUGAUUUGACUGGUGAGAUUCCAUCUCAACUUACUGAGCUAAACUUUUUGGCAGUUUUUAGUGUUGCACACAACAAUCUUUUAGGUCCCAUCCCAUAUGGAAAAGGACAGUUUGGAACCUUUGACAACAACAGUUAUGAGGGAAACCCGCUUCUUUGCGGACCUCCAUUGGAAAAAAGUUGCAAGGAAACUAGUGCACAACCAAAGUCCUAUACAUAAAUCCAUAUUGGCGACGAGCAUGGUUUUAUUUGAUUGAGAGGUGUGUCACCAAUUGCUACUAUUUAAUCUUGGAUAAUAUUCUAAGAUUCUAGUGUUGUAAUAAUGUAACUAAUUUAUGUCUGUUAGGAUGUACUUUCAUCCAUGCCAGGUUUUAAUAAUGCAUUUCAGUUUUC